UAGUGUUAUUGGUUUUUAAAUGACCACUUUCAUCUUGAAAGUAUGACCGCGAUUUAAUGUGUAAAGUAAACAACGAAUCACUUCAGAUAAGCAAAAUAAUACAUUGUAUGCAAACGUUUUUUAGUGUUUAGAAAUUUUCCUAUUACUUAUUUACAUUAUCACACAUAUAUCAAUAUAAUUGAAAACUGCAUUGAAGUGUGGAUAUGCGGCGGAGUCUCAUAAAAUUAUUUAUUAUCACAAUCAAUUGUAAUAAUAUCAAAUGAAAUUUGAAAUAUAGAAAAUAUGGAUUGAAAUGGUUUGGACGGAGUCCCACACUUGUCUUCAAAUGAUAACCACGCCAGGACAAGAGUCAUUCUAUUAAAUGUAUGAUAAGAUAAUGCGGUCUGGUUGAUAACGAUAAAACACUCAUUUAGUUAUCAACGAUAUGAAAAAUAUCGUAAUAGUUACUUAUUUUUGGCUAUAGGAAUUUAGUGCUAAAAGAAUUUUUUAAAAAUGGAUGCCAUUCACAACAAUAUUGGUUCAAAUUUAACAGACUAUUUCACCUUCACGGAACCGUUACUUCUUUUCAUGUUUCUUGCAAAACAAUUUCCAAUGAACAUAAGCUUCCCAUGCACUCAUGUUGGACAUGAAUAUUCAUUUAUAUUGUCGAGCCAUUCAGAAGAAAUAUUUACGAUUGGAAGCAAUAAAAGCACAACUUUCACGUGUAUUGGAAAUGAUAAUCCACUUACUCAAGUCUACACUAUUGGCAUGGUAAAAGAAAGUAUUGAUGUGCAAUUACAUGGAAAGCUUUUAGGGAUCUCGAAACUUCAAAUUGUGAUUUCAGGACCUGAUCCCGAUGAAAUUAUAUUUAAUGGGACGUCUAGUAAGACAAAAACAUUUCAUACUGCAGAACCAGACGCUAGAAAAACACAGCAAGAAUUUGUGUUUCCAGUAACAGUUCUAAGAAGUAUUCGGCCAAUAGACAAAAUAUUUAUGAUAUUAAUGACAGCGUUUCUUUUUCUUAUAACAUUGGGGUUCGGUUGUAAACUUGAUUUAGGCAUCGUAAAAGAGUGUUUAAAGAAACCGGUCGCUCCAGGGAUUGGGUUCGGAUGUCAGUACCUAGUAAUGCCACUGCUUGGCUUUGCGAUCGCUAAAUUAUUGCCCCUGGAUGUGGACAGAAGUGUAGCGCUGGGUAUAUUCGUGUGUGGCACGUGUCCCGGGGGAGGUAUUAGCAAUAUCUAUACGUACCUCCUGGACGGAGAUGUUUCACUGUCCAUAACAAUGACAUUUCUGAGCACUGUAGCAUCUUUAGGUAUGAUGCCACUAUGGAUUUACACACUAGGGCAGCUUUUUGUAGAUGACGAGUAUAACAUCACCAUUCCAUACAUCAACAUGCUGCAGAUCAUAGCAUUAAUAACAGUGCCUUUGUUCGUUGGCAUUUUUAUUAAAUAUAAAUUUCUCAAAGCUGCGCUUAAAAUCCUGAAAAUAUUAAAGCCGGUCACGGUUAUAGGGAUUUUACUUUUCCUGUGCAUUGGUUUGUACUCAAAUUGGUAUAUUUUCAAACUGUUCAGACCGCUUCACAUUGUUGCUGGAUGUCUAUUGCCUUAUCUAGGUUACAUUAUAGGGGGCGCUAUCGCUGCAAUAUUGAAACAGCCAUUUUCCCGCGUAAAAACUAUUGCUCUUGAAACUGGGAUGCAAAAUGUGGGCGUGGCCUAUCUGUUGAUGAUCUCAUCGUUUCCGCCUCCUCAUGGUGACUUAUCCUCAGUUGCCCCUAUGGCAUCUGCUUUAAUGACACCAUUCCCGCCAUUUAUAGUGACGAUUGUUUACUUGAUAUACAAGAAAUGUUUCAAAAAGUAUGAACCAGUCAUUGAUGAAGAGCCAGAGGUCAAGGUCGGUAACGAAGGUCAAGAGGUCAAGGUAAAUGGAGAGCAACUGCUACUAGAAAAACUUAGUUCUGUAUAGACGGUCACAUGUUUACAUUUAGAAAUACCCCUAGCAACGGAAGUACUAUUUUGCACAUGCGCAAUUUGAUUAGAGGAUUUUUUUUUUCAAUUUAUGAAGGAAAUGGAUUUUAUAUGCUUUGUAAAAAUCUUUGAAAACCUGUAAAUAUGUUUCUAUUCGUGUUAUAAAUGCGAAUCAUGUACAAUAAACUGCAAUUUUCAUUUUUUUAAGAAAAACAAACAUCAACAUGUGUUGUGUAUAAAAAUA